GCCCGGCCUUCUUGGUUCUUCAAGGUCUGAUCAUUAAUAUACGUACAACUUCGGAUGACUUCUGGUGCAUCUCAAGAGCCACAAUUGGUGUUCAUUAAUGAACUGGCCCGAGUCUGCACGGAGGAGGCCCAACCUCGGCACAUUGCACUUAUUCCUCCUGCAUGUACACUUACAUCUGAACUGCCUUCUAUUGACUCUCGUGAGACUGCUCUCGAGUCAUGGACCAUUCGAGAAGCUCGUUGGAGCAGUACGCAGCAAGGCGCCGAGCGCAUGUAUCUACACUCGCAAUGGUGACGGCUUGUGCUCGAAUGAAACGUCCAUGCAAUCGCAUUCCUCACCGUGAACCAUACUGCCUACGCUCUAGUCUUUCGAGUAUCCGUCCUGAUUUCAAGUUCGCUGAGAGUGUGCAGGAAGUUGCAAUUGCAAAAUGCACGGCACCGGC